AUCGAGCGGGCGAGGUGGCGGCUCGGGUGCGUACACGCGACCACCGCCGGACGAUAUGGCGGAUUCAACGGAUGAUAUGCAACCGAAUCCGAAUCGCCUUUUGCAUUGUGGUCUGCUUCCAUCCAUUACGGCUGCAGCAUACGCUCCGCAUGCCUCGCUCAUCGCGCUCGGCUCGAGAGACGGCGCCAUCAAGAUCCUCGGGUGUCAGGGAGUCGAGCUGGCUCUGCUGCGCCCACCCAUGCCGUGUCAUGUGGCGGAUCUGGUCUUUGUUGCUGCUGCAGCAGUUGGUGACGACUCGGGAUCGAGCUCGGUGUCUUCGCAGCUGCUGCUGGUCGCCGCUAUCGGCUCCGAGCUGGUGGUGUGGGACGUGACCUCGCCGCAGGCCUCGCCCGAGGCCAAGGCGUAUCCGACGCCGGACGGUGCACCAGUCAGCGCGCUUGCUUGUGGACUUGGAUCACACUUUGUGUUUACAGGCAGCGUCCGCGGCGACGUCACGGUGUUUAACUGCGCCAAGCAGCGGUUCUCGCUGUACUCGAUAGCGCUGGGUGUCGGCGCGAUCUCGGUCCUUGCACCGAGCCCGGUCGACGAUGGCGUGCUAUGUGUCGGAACCGACGACGGAGUGGCAAUGGUAGUCGAGCUGGCGUCCAAGACGCCGCGGAUGCUAGCGGCACCGGCUACUGCGCCGGAGCACGGGCGGGUGACAGCGAUGGCUUGGCGCCGCGACGGGAAGCGGGUCGCGGUGGCGUACGCCGGGAGCACAUCCAGCGCCUUGGCCGACUUUGGGAUCAAGGGCUCGGGAAAAGACGUGCGCGUGUUCCCUAUCGAUGAUGCCCGGGUGGUGGACCUCGCGUGGAUUGUGCCAGACGAGAUGGAGCGCGAUGCACUGAUGAUGCUCACGCCGCGGCCGCGCGGAGGCGAGGGAGGAAACGGCGGCGUGGUGCGGAUCAUCCACGGGUUCUCGGCCGCCAUGCCGGACGGCGCGCUUUUUGUGACGCACGGCCACAUCGACUCGAUCGACCUUGCUGCGGGAGCGAGUAAGUUGUUGCCGAUUGUGGGCGGUGAGGGUGGGUCCGAAGCCGGCGACGGCACAACGAGCGCCGCCGGCGUCUGGCCGGCCUCGCCGACCGAAAUGCCGACAAUGGUGGUGGUGACCGGGUCGACGCCGACGGCAGCGCUGGCGGUGCUGUGCGAUGUGUCGGGAGGGAGCGCUGUGGCGGGCGGGAACCAGUACCUCGAGCUGCCGCUGCCGCGGUCGCUGGCGCUUGCGGCGGGCGGUGUGACGGCAACGUACUGUCUCGAGAACGUCCCGCUCGAGCUUGUUUCGCAUCUGUACCGGACCUCGCCGCGCGGGACGUAUACAAGCCCACGUGACGAGUGGCCGCUGGUGGGUGGCGCGCUGGGACAGGGGCUGGCCGGCGAGGCGUCAGUCGGGGCGCGGCUGCUUGUCACCGGACACUCGAGCGGCGUGGUGAGCGUGUGGGACGUGACAACGCCUGCGCUUUGCGAGCUCAGCACGCUCAAUGUCAACAUGGCAUGCCCGACGAUGCCGAUGGACGCGCGUGUUGUGGGCCUUGCGGCGGCAUGCUCGACUGAUGGCACGCUCUGCCUCGCCGUGCUCUGCGGCUCGGGCGAAAUCUACCUCGUGGGCGUGUGCACGAGUCUCAGCGAUGACGACGAGCCCGCGCGGCAUGUGGUAGCUCGAUACACCUGCGACGGCGAGCUGAGCGAGGCCGAAGAGGUGGUCGACGUGGUGCCGGCGGAUGUUGGGCUGCUUGUGCGCGGCGUGGUUUGCCCCGACGGCACGAGCGACAACCGGUGCUCUGUGGUUGCGCUUGACACCAAAGGCGAGCAUCUCGCGCUCGGGCUGCUCUCAGGCGCGGUGGUUGUCGUGGCUGUGGCAACGCUGUCGCUUGAGGCGGUCGGGGUGGCGGCGAGCGUAGCAGAGGCACGGGCGACGGCUGUGGCGUUUGUGCGGGCGCCUGGCGACGCGCCGCUGGUGCUUGCAGCGGGAGGCUCGUCGGGCGAGGCGAUUGUGUUGCCUGUUGCAGGCGAGGCGGGGGCGGUGGUGCGCUUGCCGCGGGAGGGCAAGGCAUCGGGCGGGGUGACCGGCGUGCACGUGGUCGGCGACGAGGCGCGCCACCUUGCGGUAGUGUGUGAGCACGAGAUACGGAUGUACGCUUGGAACGAGGCCAGUACGCUGGACCUUAUCUUUACGCGGCUGGCCAAGCCGACGACCUCGCUGGUGUUUUCUGCGGUGGUCCGUGAUGGCGAGCACGGCGGGGCCGGGCUUGUUGCGGUGAGCAGCAGCGGGGCGGUGUACGUGCUCUCGCUCCUUACGCUCCAUCUUGUGCUCCGCGACUCGCUCGAAGCGAUUGUGGAGCGACCGGUGACGCGCAGCGUGACUGAGACCGGGCUCUGCGCCGCGGGCGACGGGCACCUGGCGGUGGUGCUCGACUCGGGCGAGCUCGUCCAUGUUGGCUUGUUUGGCGAGAGGCGCGGGCUGCUGGGCCUUCCGGCGAGCGGACCGUAUGUACAGGCGGCAGCGCUACCGGCGCGGCCAAAGCGCAAGGGCUUCUUCAAGUCGCUUCUGGGCGGAAAGUCCGAGUCGGGCGUGUCUCCCGAGCUCGAGGAGCUGCUCGGCCCUGUGGCGAGUGAUGCGGCCACGGACGAGGCCGCGGGCGACGACGAGAGCAGGGCGGCGUCACGACCGGCAACCUCAGCCGAGGUCAAGCGGAUGAUGGCCGAGAACCGGAACAAGCUUGCAGAGCGCGGCGAGAAGAUGGAGCAGCUCGGCGAGCAGACGGCAGAGAUGGCGGAGAACGCGCGGCAGAUGGAGGCGUCAAUCGCCGAGUACGUCCGCGAGCAAGAGAACAAGAAGUGGUGGCAGCUUUGAGCGGCAAGCCUGAACCCUUAACGGUACGGUCGUUCAGACGCGUUGUCGCAUGGUGAGGGGCUUGUUGUUGACGACCCCGAGGACCGAGAAGGAGAGCAUCACAGAGCUGAACACAGCAGCCGGGCGGGAGAGCGCGAGGACGUCUUGCGACGGACGAGCUUGCCGGUCGGCGUGGCAGCGCAAGUGGUGGCACGCCAUCUUGUACUGGAUUCUGGACGCCGCUCCUCAUCAACACGUACGCGCUCUACGCUGACGCGAGCCCACGCCCCGCCAUGACUCGCUUGGCUUUUCUCUACAACAUCAUCGACGCCCACGCCGCCGACGCCGGCGCCGUCAGCUCCCUCUGCGGCGGCUGCUUGUCAUCACCACAUUCCCCAACAAGC